UCACUGUGACUGUUGGUUGAGUUCGCGACACGACAGGCGGAUACCCAGCAUAGCUUUAGCCCACGUCGCUGCUUUUCCAACAGAAAUAGCUAUCGUUGUUCCCCCCGGACACGAAAAACUCUUAUUUAACGCAGCGUUGAAAUUUGACGAGUCUCUUAUAAAAUGAGGAGACGAAUAGAGUUAGGUUAUGUGCUGCUUUUCGCUCUAGUUUCGCAUUUCUGCUCGUGCUCGGCGUUCUAUCUUCCGGGUUUAGCUCCUGUUAGUUUUUGCGAGGACAACAAAGGUGGUGAAGAUUGCCAGACACAGAUACAGCUGUUUGUCAAUCGCUUGGAUUCUGUGGAGUCCGUCCUGCCUUAUGAAUAUGAUGUGUUUGACUUCUGCAAGGAUGCGGAGGAAAAGAGGCCUUCGGAGAAUCUCGGGCAGGUGUUAUUUGGUGAACGUAUUGAGUCUUCCCCGUACAAGUUUAACUUUAAACAAGAUGUCAAGUGCAAGGAGGUGUGUACAAAAACAUACAAGAAGGACGUCCAAGAGGACGCAACCAAGCUGGAAUUCAUCAAAAUGGGAAUGCUGCUUAACUAUCAGCACCAUUGGAUCAUUGACAACAUGCCUGUCACGUGGUGCUAUGAUGUGGAAGACAACCAGAAAUACUGCAACCCUGGCUUCCCCAUUGGUUGCUUUGUUACUGCUGACGGACGACCUAAAGAUGCCUGUGUUAUUAAUGCCGAAUUCAACAAGAGAAAGACAUUUUAUGUCUUCAACCACGUUGACAUCAAGAUCUUUUACCACAACGGAGGGGCCGAUGGGUGGACUGGUGCUCGGCUAGUUGCUGCCACACUGGAGCCCAAGAGCAUCAAUCAUGGAAGUGCAAGUACACUGAACUGCGACAUCCUCCGCCCGAUGGAAGUCCCUACCCAGUUUGACAAUGACGUGUCCAUCGUUUACACGUACUCUGUGACAUUUGAGGAAAACAACCAGAUCAAAUGGGCUUCCAGGUGGGACUACAUCCUUGUCUCUAUGCCACACACAAACAUCCAGUGGUUCAGCAUCAUGAACUCUUUAGUUAUCGUGCUCUUCCUGUCCGGAAUGGUGGCCAUGAUCAUGCUGAGAACGCUGCACAAGGACAUUGCCAGAUACAAUCAGGUGGACCAGGCAGACAUGAUAAAACGUCCAUCGACUGGGCCAAAAUCCGAUCCGUUUUAUGAAGAUGCACAGGAGGAGUCUGGAUGGAAGCAGGUGCACGGCGAUGUCUUCCGUCCACCCAGGAAAGGCAUGCUUCUAUCCAUAUUCCUGGGACAGGGCACGCAGAUCUUCAUCAUGACCUUCAUCACACUCUUUCUGGCCUGCUUGGGCUUCCUCUCCCCAGCCAACAGGGGGGCUCUCAUGACGUGCGCCGUGGUCCUCUGGGUCCUGCUCGGAACACCUGCUGGUUACGUGUCAGCACGCCUUUACAAGACUUUUGGAGGUGAAAAGUGGAAGACAAAUGUUCUGUUGACGGCGCUACUGUGCCCUGGUAUCGUGUUUGCCGACUUCUUCCUGAUGAAUCUGAUCCUCUGGGUGGAGGGGUCGUCAGCGGCCAUCCCCUUUGGGACCUUGGUGGCCAUAUUGGCGCUUUGGUUUGGAAUUUCUGUGCCGCUCACCUUUGUCGGUGCCUACUUUGGAUUCAAGAAGCCUGCAAUUGAGCAACCAGUGAGAACGAAUCAAAUCCCACGCCAAAUUCCUGAACAGUCGUUCUUCACCAAACCCAUCCCGGGAAUCGUCAUGGGCGGAAUCCUGCCCUUCGGCUGCAUCUUCAUCCAGCUGUUUUUCAUCCUCAACAGCAUUUGGUCCCAUCAAAUGUACUACAUGUUCGGCUUCCUCUUUCUGGUGUUCAUCAUUUUGCUCAUCACUUGUUCCGAGGCCACCAUUCUGCUCUGCUACUUUCACUUAUGCGCUGAGGACUACCACUGGUGGUGGCGUUCAUUCCUAACCAGCGGUUUCACUGCGGUCUAUUUGUUCGUAUACGCCGUGCACUAUUUCUUCUCCAAGUUGCAAAUCAUCGGCGCAGCCAGCACUUUCCUAUAUUUCGGCUACACCAUGAUAAUGGUCCUCAUCUUCUUCCUCUUCACUGGCACAAUCGGCUUCUUUGCAUGCUUCUGGUUUGUAAAUAAAAUCUACAGUGUGGUCAAGGUGGACUAGAAGACAGAGUGGCGAAAUGGAGAAAGACUGUUGUAGCCAUCCAUGUGACGGCGACAUUUUGAAAGGACCAGAAGCGAGACCCCCAAGAGCCGAGCCCGUCCUUUUUGUGCUUUACACCUCUCUCCUUUUAUCGUUUUCUUUUGCGUUCACUCUUGACUGCUAAUAUUCGGAGCGGCAGCAUUACAAAUUAACGUGGGGCCUUGGUAUCAUUGUGAACAUAUUUUGUUUCAGUGGGAUUUUAAAAAAACAAAGGAAAGGCUGAAGUGUUUUAUCAAAGUUGUCUUUAUUUCACAAGAAAAUGCAAUUGUUUGUUUUGAUUUCCCUUUCCCCUUCAAGAUUUUUUUUUUUUUUUUUUUUGUGGAGGAACUGUAAUAUGGGAGAGAGAAAAUACUGCUUGUACAUAUAUUGUAUAGACAGAGCGAAGGAAAGGAUGCUCAAAACUUUCUGUUCUCAUUUUAGGGCCUUAAAUCCUGAACUAUAUCAGCCUGUAUUGUAGUUGAGAAGGCAUAUAAAACACUGACAUUGCUGAUCCAUGUCCUUUUUUUCUUAUAUUUAUACAUUUGCAUUGAAUCAAAGGGGAGAGAGAGGUUGAGUUCUGCUUGUUCCAAAAUGGAGGAUCUUUUUAAUUCAUUCAAAUGAGAAGCAUCUGUGAAUUCACUGAUUAACACCUUUUGUUUACAACACUUGUUUUUUUUCAUUGGGGUUGGAGGAUCGUCAUGAAUCAUGGUGAUCUGGUUUGCAAAUAUAUCCAAUUAAUACGACAUCACGCUCUGUAUAAGGCUCUUGAAUGUAUACUCAGCAAUAUGGAUAUAUGAUGUAUUUUCUUGUUUUCACUCUGGUUUGGAAAUGAAGGACACUUUCAUCGCUC